AUGGCCGUCACCUCUCCCAAAUCAGCGUCUCCGCCCAUGUCACUGCUUGAUUGGGACGAGAACGCCGUCGUGUCAUAUCUCGACAGUCUUGGACUCGGACAGUACGACAACGCUAUCCAUGAGCAAGGGAUCACAGGUGAUGUCUUAGCUGCGCUAGACCUCGAAACACUGCAAGACCUUGGAAUCAGCAGCGUUGGCCAUCGCUUGGCACUGUUACGGGCAGUCUACGAACUAAAGGAGGAUCAGGGCAUUGAGAUAGGGGAGGAAGAAUGGAGACCUCAGGAGGUGGAGGAACAGAAGAGGCAGGAUACCGAGCGGCUGGUAGAUAUGGUGAGGGAGCAACAUGAACGGCUUUCGCUUAUUGAAAGAGAUCAUGAGCGGUUAAAAGCUAUUCUCGAGGAGAAAGGCAUAUCUGUUCGGUACGGAGAAUAUGACGACGGCGACACUUUGUCAGGCGCCGACUCUAAAAAGCUGUCUGGGCUUGGACUAGGACGGUCAGAGAGCUUGAAGUGGAGGGAGAUGAAGCAAAACGGGGAGUAUGGGCCUGAUACUUCCAAACCACGUCCCGACCAGCUCUUCCCCGCUUCUUUGGCCUCGUCCUCUAAUUUCACCGCUCCUCUAUCAUCCCACUCCACCACCUUCCAAGACAGCUUCACUCCCACCACCACCAAUACCUCCUCUUAUAACGUCGAAUCCCCAACGCCGCACGGCAUGGAACGGAAAGAUUCGCGGCCGUCGACAGUCAGCAGGCUUAUAUCGGAGACGGCUGGUGCUGGAAGUGGAAGUACUGCCACAUCACCUGGUACCACACCUCCGGGCAUGAGCCAAUCUCUGUCCGCCUCGUCCAGCAAACAAUCCUCCACUCUUGCUCCGACUUCAUCUUCAUCCCUCCCGAAUGCUGGGCCAUCACCAAACCUAUCUGUGGCGCCAUCCGAUAAAGAGAAAUCUAGGGCCAAGGAUGAUGCGCGGAAAGCUGCCAAGUCGUUCAGAGUCACACUGGAAGAUCCUUGUUGGAAAGUGCUACCUGCAGCCUUGAAAAAGUACAAGAUCAACGACGACUGGAGAUUAUAUGCGCUAUUUAUAUGUUAUGACAACACUGGAGAGUCUACUGAGAGGUGUUUGAGUUAUGACGAGAAACCUUUACUGCUAUUCCAGAAACUGAAAGAGACUGGCCACAAGCCUGUUUUCAUGUUGAGGCAUAUUAAGGACAUCAAGUCCCCAGUAUUUGUCGCGCACACCAAACAAGCUCAGAAGCUUGGCCUCCCGGCCUCCACAACCGCCUCGCUCCUACCAAAGAUCAAACCAGCCACCGAUACUUCCGUGUCCCCUAUCAAGUCUACCACCCUUAAACCAGCUAUCGCUCGAAUAGAAGAUGGACAUACGCCCAAUGGGGCGGCGUUCCCAGAGUUGCCUAGUCCAGGUCUGAGAGAUGGCGAUGGGAGUCAGAGUGCCGGAGGGAGUCGGACCACCAACGGCCAGCUGAUAGACCCUGACGGGAAUACGAUCAAUGUCACAUAUGGCGUUGCCAUAUAUCCCUAUUGUCGAGAUAGAGAGGAUGAGUUUGACGUUCCUGUUGGUUCGUCAUAUAUAAUCCGCAGCAAGAGCAAAGGGUGGUAUAUUGUAAAUCGAGAUAUCGACGGGACGGGGUCGCCGCAUAGCUUCGACCAAGGUUGGGUUCCUGCUGGGUGUAUACUGGAACUCAGUCAACCGGUCUCUCUCAUAUCGCCCUCGCCUGAUGGUCAAAUAUCUGCCUUCCCCGGAUUGCUGCCCAUACCACCCUCGAACAUCACGUCGAGCAGUUAUGCUGGCUUUGCUCUAAUGGAUUAUAAAGCGAAAGGCGACGAUGAGCUGGCUUUGGAGGAAGGAGAGAAAGUGAGAGUAUACAAAAAGUACUGUCACUGGAGCUACGUUAUCAGGAAUGACACGGGAGAAAGAGGUUGGGUGCCAGCCUGGUUUGUCGGGAAAACCCCCAAUACUAUCUCCACUAGUCUGAGAGAUGCCGACGUGUCAGCAAAGGCCAAGGUUCCAGCAACUUCGACGUCGUUAUCGGGGGGGGCAGUUGACGGGGAAGGAGGUGACGAGAAAACAGCAGAUGAGAGCAAAUGA